AUGGGUUGUUCAAAACAAAAUUUCAUAGGUUUAAAGAAGCGAACAGACUCUCAAAAUUUUCAUGUUAUCGUCUCUACAGCUAGUGAAACUGUAAACAGAGAUGACAUCUCCACGGAUGCAACUUCAAGGGACAAUUCUUCUGAAACUUCUGUUGAUGAAGAAGAAGAAAAAGAGGCAACUGGUACAAAGAAUAUUCCCAACACUGACGACGAUGUCUUUGUGGUUCAAUAUAAGCCUGAAAAACGUCUCCUGGGUUCCCCGCUUCGUCUUCUCAUAGAUCCCAUGGAUAUUGUUCAAAGAAAAUUGACUUCUCCAGAUAGGAAAGACAUAUGUUGGGGUGUAAUCAUGUGGGGAGAAUUUACCAUCACUUUAGAGGAUGUGGUUGCUUUAUUGCAUCUUCCAGUCACCAGUAAUUUCCCUGCAUCACUUUCAGCAGAUGAGAAUGCAAUAUCUAAUGCCUUGACAACUGCAAUGCAUGAUAUUAACAAAUUAUCCAGCAAAUCUUGUUAUGCUCACUGGUUGAAAGAUGUAUUUGAAGAUAAUGAAAACUUGUUGAAGCCAUUCGUGAUUCCCUUUGCCAUUAAGAUAGCUCAAGGUGAGAAACUUCCCAUUGGUAGUCUGUUCUUGGCUUCACUAUUCUCCAGUUUAGAUUCCUUGGUCAUGGAUUCUAGUGUUUCCAAUGGUUUUCUGAAAGUUGAAACAUAUGUUAAUACAUUGUUUCUACAAGAUUUAUUAUGGGAGCGCUUCAAGAAUUAUGCACCAAUUCCUCGUAGCAUCUUGUCAGGGCCGAAUGUUGAUAAUCGUUAUGUACUUUCUGAGAAGGAUAAUGCCAGGAUUAUGCGUUGGUCAACUAAGAAGCCUCGACACAAGACACGCCUCACCAGUGUCUUAGACAACGAAUCUGAGUUUAAUUUUUUUCCUUGGGUGUCAAUUCCUCCUUUUGUCUCACAGUUGAUCACUUUCAACAAGGAUGAAGAGAAUGUUGUUUUGAAAUCUGGUGCAGAUUUGAGUGACGGUGAGAGAUCCUUCGUACUGAGUUGUACCCCUGGUUACUUAGUAUCAGUAAUACAUGGGAAAAUUUUGGUGGAGGGGUACAACAUUGAUAGAGCAGCUCGACAAAUGGGUCUUGAUCAAUGUGUCCCAGAUGUUCGGAAAGAAAAACCAUCGGUUGAUCAACUUAAAGCCUCUUUAGAUUGCACACAUUUGAGUGGGCAUGAAUAUCUGCCUCCUUUCUCUGACCGGGUCGCCUAUGCAACUCCAGGCUAUGUAACUUUUUGGAGUCAGCAACUUGAUCUUUUAUAUGACUUUGUAAUGGCUAUUCAAACUCUGGAUGGUCGUGUAGUGAGACCUCAGAUUGAUGUAGACUUCACGGAAAUUGAAGAAAUUCCCAGAGGCGGAGAACCUAGGAGUAGGAGUUACAGGAUGUUACCGAAUAGUGUGCAGUCCCCAGCCGCUUCUUUGGAUAAGAUUACCAUGGAUAAAAAAAAUACUGAUGAAGAAAAUUCUUCCUUGGGAAAUGAGGAGAUGGAGAAUCCUCAAAACCCGGAACCGAAUGGAAGUAAUAAUGCUAUUAAUGGUGACUUCAGCAACAUUAAUCCUUCGAACGGCUUAGAGACCCCUAAAGUAAGUAUUCCUACUGUACUUUCCUCAUAG